AUGGUUUAUUCACUGAUUGGACUCGGUGGUUAUCUGGCCCUGGCUUCGACUCUGCGAUUUCAAAGACGUCGCGCUCUUCACCGAAAAUAUGCCUAUAAUACACGUGAAUCAAUGGGAAAGAUGACCGACCAGGAUGCAUUCACAAUUCAAAAGACAAUUUUGCAGAUGGAGUUCCCCUUUAUCGUUCUCAAAUCCCUCCAGUUUGCUCUAUUCCGGACAUACGGCAUUCCCACUAUAUCAACCCUGCUCUUGAAGACAUCCCAAUUCUCCGAUCCCGCAACAUCCUUCAAGCGAUAUGCAGAUACAGGGGCCCUCAUCGGCGAAUUCAUGGCCUUUGAUCCAAGCUCGGAACGAGCCCAAACGGCCAUCGCCCGAACUAAAUUCCUCCAUCAAGGCUAUCGAGCCAGCGGCAACAUCCUCGAAGAGGACAUGCUCUAUACCCUCAGCCUCUUCGCACUCGAGCCAAUCCGAUUCGUCAAGAUGUACGAGUGGCGCGAAAUGACCGAGAUGGAGCGCUGUGCCGUCGGAACAUACUGGAAGAGUCUCGGAGAUGCACUAGGUAUAAGCUAUGAGACACUGCCAUCGGGUAAGAUGGGAUUCCGGGAUGGAAUCCAUUGGUUGGAGGAGGUUAGAGAUUGGAGUCUGGAGUAUGAAGUGAAGCAUAUGAAGCCCCAUCCUCGGAACAAGGAGAUUGCGGAUCGAACUAUCGAUGUGUUGGUAUACAAUCUGCCAAGGUUCAUGAAGCCGUUGGGCCUGUACUUUGUGUCUUUUUUGAUGGACCAGAGGCUCCGCAGUGCAAUGAUGAUCGAUCCCCCACCGGCAUUUUUCAGCGCCGUUUUCUCUGCCGUCUUCCGGCUGCGCAAGUUCUAUUUACGAUACUUGGCCCUUCCCCGCCCAGGUUUCAUGCGGCUGGAUGUAUUCACGGAGAAGCCCAACAAGUACGGACGCAACUACGUCCUUUUCUACGAAGGUGCACCGUUCUAUGUGCAGCCUACUAUUUCGAAUCGAUGGGGACCGGUGGCUUGGUUCAAAUGGGCACUGGGCCAGCCGCUACCUGGCGAUGACGGUGAUAAGUACUACCCCCAUGGAUACCACACUCCUGAUCUAGGACCGAAGUACUUCGAGGGCAAGGGCCGGAAAGAGCUCGAGGUUAUCAAGAAAGGCAUCAAGCAGCAGCGGAUGAGCCGGUGCCCGUUCCCUUGA